AUGACAUUGCGACUACAAGUCCCCACGGCAAUGAAUUUGGCGCAGGUUAUGGGAGCCUGGAUCAAAUUCCUGAAGGCCUGCAUGAAAAUCAUGAUCUUACCAAGCACGCGUCCUUCCCGACCCUACCAGUUCUGUAUCUAUCGAGUCAACGGCAAUACUGAAACCUUGCUCGCCGCAGUUGAAUACAAACCUCCCUAUAAACUAUCAGUUGAAGGCCUCCGUGUCGGGCUUCGAACGAUCAACCUCUAUCGUGAAACCCUCGAACCCGACACCAUUCCUCCUGAUGGCCCAGGCAAAUUAGUAUACAAUGCGAUGCGGCUUAGCGGAUCGAUGACUGUACGGGAAUACCACGUAAUGAUUCAGGAAGGGCUCGAAUACUCGUACUUGACUAUGGGACUCGGAAAUCUAACAGCUGUGGGGUCCCCUAUGACAGCCCAGGCACCCUUUAUUACAUUCUAA